AUGUAUCGAUAUUUAAUUCAUUUAUUUAAAAAAUUUUCAUACUUAUUAAGAUAUAUUAUUAAACAAUCAAUUUAUGUUUUAUUCAUACCAAACAAUUGGAAUUAUAAAUCGAUUAUAACAUAUAUAAUUUUAGUUCUUUUUUCAAUUAUAGUAUUUAUUUAUAAUCAAUGGAAUAGUAAUAUAAUAUCAAAUUUAUUAUCAAAAAGUGUGACAGUUGAAAAUGAAAUUAUUCAAUGUCAUUUUCCCCGAUUAUCAUUGAAUAGUAAUACGUUAGAUUUUACUAUAUCAAAUGCUCUUCAACCAAUAUGUCGAUCAUGGUUUUAUCCAAUUGUUAUAGAUAAUUAUAAUAUACGACUUAUUUUACCACAUCUUAAUUGUACUGUUACAUUUUAUAUCGGUGAAGGUGAUAAAGAAUAUGAACAAGUUCCAAUAAAAUUAUUUUAUGAUCUUAAUAUUUUACUUUUAAGUGAUUAUUUUACUGUACAAUGUAUUGAUAAUACACGACAAAAUUUUUAUCCAAAUUUACCUUAUGCAUCAAUACAUUAUAAUCAAAAUGUUCGAAAAAGACUUGCAAAUCUAAAGAAAAAUGAAGAUGAUUUUAAUGUACUCAUUUUAGGUCUUGAUAGUGUAUCAAGAUUACAAUUUGAACGAAUGUUACCAAAAACAUUUAAUUAUAUAACUAACGAAUUAAAUGGUAUUGUUCUUAAAGGUUUGUUGAUACAUUUAAAUAUGAAGACAGCAAGAAAGAAGAAUCUAAUGAGGUUCCGUUAAAUAAUGAAAACUUUAUUUCUGACAAGGAAACUCAUCAGACUGAUAUUAUCCGCUUGAGUGUAGAUAAAAUUACUCAAAGGAUUGGUGCCAUAAGACCUUUCUUCUCGAGUUAUAGGCAUUUUGCAGAACUUUCAGCUUAUUUCAGGACAUCGCAAGAAGGAGUUUCGAUUUGAAAAUCUCUCCAACAAUUAUCCUAUGUGAAAAUUUUUGCCUUUGUAAGCUAUUUGCAAGCAGCUUUAAAAGGCUUAUGCGUCUAUAAGCUGCUGUAAAGCGCUUAAAUAUUCCCGUCUUAACCUGCUAAAAGCCGCUUCACUCAAAUAAGCUGCUUAUUUUAGCUUAGAAAACGGUUUCACUAACGAGGGAACCUUUUCAGAUAACACCCUCCGUUUUGAUUUGUUCGUAUCUCAUUUAAUCGAGUAUAUUGAGGUAGUAAAAAGCCUAAAGCAAUUUUUGCCCAAUGUUCUUCCUUCAAAAGUUAUGGUCGUUUUAUUGAAUUUUCGACCCAUUUCCAGGUAUUCACGAAAAAAUCAAAAUAGGGAAUUUCGACUUGAUAUUUCGCCCAUGGAUAGGC